AUGAACUUAUUCAACUCCGCUCUCGGGAGAAACAUCACAUUUGUGCACCCUGCCUACUUCCUCAUCAGUGGAUUUGUCGGCAUACCUAAUAUCAAAUAUUACUACAUCUUUCUGUUUUUCGUGUACAUCGUUUCGGUGCUGGGGAACAUGGCUGUCAUGACUGUUAUAUGUUUGGAUCAUAGUCUGUGGAGUCCCAAAUACAUUGCUGUUUUCAACCUGGCCUUUUGUGAUCUGUUCGGGAACACCGCUCUGGUGCCCAAGGUUCUCGACGUCUUUCUUUUCAACAACAACCGCAUCGCCUACAAGGACUGCUUGACGUUCCUGUUUUUCUGCUACACCUGCCUUUCGAUGCAGUCGUUCAAUCUGGUUGUGCUGGCGUACGACAGACUGGUGGCCAUAAUCUUUCCUCUGCACUACUCGGUGAAGGUGACCCACAGGUUUAUGUUUUCCAUGAUCGCUGCUUUCUGGUCCGUCAUCAUAUUAGCGGUGCUCAUAGCCGUCGGUCUCCUCACAAGGCUUUCCUUCUGCGGUUCUGUGGUGAUCAACAGUUAUUUCUGCGACCACGGUCAGCUUUAUCGACUUGCGUGCAAUGACCAUUUCCCCAGUUAUGUCAUUAGUUGUUUGUACCCAGUUGUCAUGUUCUGGCUUCCGCUGGUUUUCAUCUUGUUAAGUUAUCUUUACAUCGGCUGCACUUUGGCUAAAGUGGCCAAUGCUCAGCAAGGCCUCAAGGCCUUUAAAACGUGCAUUGGUCACCUCUUACUGGUUGCAAUUUAUUUUAUUCCACUUUUGAUUACAUUUACCUUAAUGGAGAAAAUACACCCAAACGCCAGGAUCAUAAACCUGUCUCUGACUUCUGUCUUCCCCCCCAUGCUCAAUCCCAUCAUAUAUGUUCUGCAGACACAUGAAAUUAAAGAAUCUAUUAAGAGAUUAUUAAAAAUUGGCAGGAGACCCAAACGAACUGUAGCAAAAAUAGUUAUAACGUGA